UGUUUUUCAUACAAAAUUGGAUACAGAUUUUCUUUGAUCCAUUUUUUGGAACAGGCAAAAAUAGAAGACGAUCCAAAACACGUGCAAGCAAAGUAGCUGUUUAAAAAAUUAACUCAACAUUCAACCGAACGUGUCGGUAUAAGCGAGAGACAUGAGUACCAACAUAACGCAACAAAAAAAUCGAAAAUCGAAUAUACUUAACCCGCGGAAAUUCAAAAUUCGCGAUACUUUUAAAACAGACCUCGUAUAUUCAACUAAUUCCAUGGUUACUAUUAAGUGACAUUUAAAUAUAAAAUAGUUUUUCUGUUAGAGUCGUAAUCAUCCGUUAUUUUUAUACGCACAAAAGAGGAUUUUUAUUUACACAUUGUAAUUUGCCUUUAUGCAUACAUAUCACAAAAAAGCUUUUAUUAAAUUUACACAUUUUUUUGGUAAUAUUUAAACAUAAUGGACAGCGACUAUGAUCCACACGAACACAGAGAAGUUAAGAGACCUAUCAACAAUUUGGAAGCAUUUAUGGAUAUGCUCAAAGGAAACCUUGGAAGUGGAAUUGUGGCGUUGCCGAUAGCAUUUAAGCACGCGGGUUGGGUUGUUGGAUCUGUCGGCCUCAUCCUGUGCAUCCUCCUAACAAUUCACACUCUCAACACCCUGAUCUCCACUGAAUAUCGAAUUUGUAAGCGAAAGAAAGUGCCCUUAUUACAAUACUCUUAUGCCAUGGAAACGGUGACCGAAAUGGGACCUUCAUGUGCUUCAAAAUGUGGCAAAUUUUAUUGGUACACCACAUUCAUCUUCACAAUAUGCCUUCAAUUGGGGGCGUGCAUGUCAUACAUUUCAUUCGGUGCUGGCGUUUUAGAAGCUAUGGUCAAUUCAUUUUUGACUGAAGAACCCCUUACAAAAUUUCAUUACAUUUUAAUUACAAUGCCGCCGUAUUUUUGCACGUUAUUCAUUUUGAAUCUUAAAGUGAUUGCCCCUCUUGCAUUCACUGCGAAUAUCGCCACGAUAAUAGGUUUUCUCCUGUGCUUCAGAUACUUGUUCGUAGAUUUGGCAAAUCUUAUAGAUGAUAGAGACGCAUUCGGCUCUAUAACGAAGUACCCCCUUUUUAUAGGAAUAUCCAUAUUUUCAAUGCAAGCUGUCGGAUUGAUUACUCACGUUGAAUACAGCAUGAAAAAUCCUAAACAAUUUGGGGGUUUAUGUGGUAUGUUUCCACUAUCUAUGUACGUACUAGGAUCCCUUUACUUUACCAUUGCUUUUUUUGGUUAUUGGAGAUUCGGAGAUGAAGUAAAGGGAAACUUUGUCCUAAAUUUACCUCCUAAAGACAUAAUUCCACGAAUAUUAAAUACACUGUUUUUCUUCUCAAUGUGGGUUUCUUACGGGCUAAAUGCAGUUGUCCCAGUUGAUAUGAUAUGGGAAGAAUUAAUGGAAGAAAAGUUUAAAGACAAACACCCAUUUUGGUGGCAUUUUCUGUUGCGAUGCAUCGUCUUUAUAGUGACGUAUGCUGGUGUAAUUGCUAUUCCUAACAUAAGCUUGAUAAUAACAUUUACUGGUGCCAUAUGUAUGUCAGUUCUUGGUAUAAUUUAUCCCAUACUUAUGGAUUCAUUUGAACGCUAUGAAGUAGGAUACGGAAAAUUAAAGUGGAGACUUAUUAAAAACAUAAUCAUUAUCAUUAUUGGUAUUGCUAGUUUUGGUUUUGGAAUAUAUUCAGGCGUUCUCGACGCAAUCGAGCAUCGCAAACGGUCAAAUCAUACUCAUCUCCAACAGCUGAUUGUGAAUGCAAUAAUGGACGAGGAUGAUGGCAAUAAUAACGAUGAGUACGAUCCACAUGAAUACAGAGAAAUAAAAGAUCCAAUAAACGAUUGUGAAGCUUUUAUGAAUAUACUAAGAGGAUGUCUUGGAAGUGGUCUACUGGUCCUGCCGAUAGCGUUCAAAUAUUCGGGAUUGGCUAUUGGAAGUGUAUGCGUGGUUCUUGCAAGCAUACUCUUAAUUCACACCAUUGACACUCUUAUUGCAACUAAGCAUAGAAUUUGCCAACGAAAAAUGGUACCUCUCCUUAAGUACGCCUAUGCUAUGGAAAUAGUAACCGAAUUUGGACCGCCGUAUGCCAAAAAAUGUGGAAAAUUGUUCAAGGUUUCAUCAUUCGUGUUCAUAAUGAUCCUUCAGUUUGGAAACUGUAUGUCCUAUAUUAUUGUUGGAGCUUCAUGUUUGGAGACGUUCAUCAAUUCACUCCCCGGAACCAGGCACUUAAACAGGACGCACUGCAUAUUGGCAACAAUAACUCCAUAUUUUCUCACCUUGUUCAUAAUGAAUUUGAAAUCAAUUGCACCUUUUUCCUUAGCCGCCAAUAUCACCAUGUUAAUAGUACUAUGUCUGUCCGUCGCUUUUCUAUUCUCAGGCUUGGGCAGUACAAGUGACUGGGAUGUCGUAGCAUCUCCAAAUACUUGGCCCAUUUCUAUUGCAACAGUUGUAUUUUCGAUGCAAGCCAUCGGUGUGAUCUGUCAUGUGGAAUACAGCAUGAAAACUCCAGAACAUUUGAGGGGUUGUUGUGGAAUGUUUCAUCGAGCUAUGUAUGUUGUUACUAUACUGAAUGUCUUUGUUGGACUUUUCGGUUACUGGAGAUAUGGUAAUGAAGUAAAAGGAAACUACAUAUUAAAUUUUCCACCUAAAAAUAUAAAAACAAGAAUAAUACAAGUCCUGUUGUUCUUUACAAUGUUGGUUUCGUACGGACUAAAUGCGGUUGUAGCCGUUGAUAUAAUUUGGGAUGAACUUUUAGAACAAAGAAUAACGAAGGACCCACAUUUGUGGAACUUUCUACUAAAAGCUGGUACCGUCUUAGUUACACAUGCGACAACAAUUGGCCUACCGAAUUUAUAUUUAGUCGUUUCGUUAACUGGCGCCGUGUCCAUAUGCACAUUGGGCAUAAUUUAUCCGAUGUUGAUGGAUCUGUACGAGAGGUAUGAAAAUGGGUAUGGUCCAAAGCAUUGGAUUCUUGUCAAAGAUAUUAUUAUUAUUAUAAUCGGUAUUGCAUGCUUCGGAAUGGGAUUGAGCCAAACAAUCUUAGAAGCCGCGAAACAUGGUACAACAGAUGAUUAAAAGAAUGUAAUGAUAACGAUAAAAAAUAUCUCAUCUUUUUAAUUAUCGAUGUUAUUUAACUCAGU